UGUUGUCUCCGGUUAAAUAUAGACACUGGCCAGACUUAAGCUUCAAGAGGGAAGACCAUGACAAUCACAGAGGGAUAAUUACUUCAAAAUCAAUUCUUUCAACACAGAUCACACUUCUUGGAAUUGUCAGAGGACUUAUACUAGUGAUACAGCAAUGGGCGCUAACUUGGUACAGACAUGGUAUAUAGGCGCUGGAAGGACAAUAUGACCAAAUGAGAGUGGCUAGCAAAAUGUGUGUAUGAAGUGAUAUUUGGGACUCUGUAUCAUCAUGACGGGGCUCACGGUGUGCUGUGGGACAGUAAACUCCGUCAAGGCUCUGUGGGAAACCCGGAUAAAGAAAAGCAAAGAUGAACUGAAGAAGGAGAGCGAACAGAGAGACAAGAGAGCAGUGGGUAGGUUAACAGGUGCCUGGGAGGAUCGUAUCACUUUGGCCAAGCUAAAGGAAAAAGUUGUGACUGAGGAAGGACGUGUCAUCCUUCGGAUUGAAAAGGAGGAGUGGAAGACUCUUCCUCCAGCUCUGGUCCAACUCUCCCAGAUUCAAGAAUGGCAGUUACACCGAACAGGACUUCAAAGAAUUCCACGGUUCAUCUCGAGCUUUGAGUCUCUCAUAGUCUUGGACUUAUCUCGUAAUUCAGUCAUGGAGAUUCCCAGAGAGAUUGGCAAACUAACUCGGUUAAGAGAGCUGAUGUUGAGCUAUAACAGAGUGAGCUACGUACCAGAAGAACUUAGUUGUUGUGAAAAUCUGGAGAAACUGGAACUUGCAAUGAAUCGAGAUCUGGAUGAGCUGCCCACCCAGCUUAGCAAUCUUAAGAAGCUGUAUCACUUGGACCUCUCCAUGAACCACUUCACCACCAUUCCAGAUUGCGUGGUCAACCUUCCUUCUCUUGAGUGGCUAGACAUGGGCAGCAACAUUUUGGAGAGUUUGCCAGACGAUAUUCACAGAAUGGAGAAACUUCAUACCCUGUGGCUCCCAAGAAAUGAACUAGAGUACCUGCCAGACAACAUCAGUCGCAUGCAAAGCCUGGACACACUAGUUCUGAGCAAAAAUAAACUACGAGACAUUCCUCCGCUUAUGGAGGGCAUGAGUAACCUCAGGUUUGUGAAUUUCCGAGACAAUCCUUUGACGUAUGAGGUGACGCUUCCUGAUUUAAAAGAGGAUGUAGACGAGGAAGAGAAUGACAGGGAGAUGUUUGGUCGCGAGUUCAUGCACUACUACAUCCAAGAAGCCCGGAAAAGAGGAUCCCAAACUUUCACGUCACUGCUAAAUGUGACGCUGGACGGCGUGUCAGAGACAGCAUCAUCUUUGUGACUUGCAUGCUGGCUUCUGUC